AUAUCUGCGCCUGCGCGGCGCCGCUGCGGGGCCAGUCGGGACGGAGGAGACAAGAUGGCGCUGCGCGCGAUGAGGGGGAUCGUGAACGGGGCCGCACCCGAACUACCCGUGCCCACCACUGGGGCGGUGGUGGGAUCUCGGGAGCAGGCGCUGGCAGUGAGCCGGAACUACCUCUCCCAGCCUCGCCUCAGUGAGUAUCAGAGAGUAAGACGGAUCCUGUCUUUGCUUCUUAGCCCAGCCCUUUGCUCCCACUCACCUGUAUUUGAAGGGACUUCAGGUAUAGAUGCCAAGAAAACGUCCUGUGAGUUUACUGGAGAUAUUCUCCGAACACCGGUGUCUGAGGAUAUGCUUGGUCGUGUAUUCAAUGGAUCAGGAAAGCCUAUCGAUAGAGGUCCUGUUGUACUGGCUGAAGACUUCCUCGAUAUCAUGGGUAGGAACAGUAACUGGUUUUCUGUGUUUUUGGGAAAAUAUCCUUUCCUUGAUAUCACUCACCCCAUCCCUGACUUGACUGGAUAUAUCACAGAGGGGCAGAUCUAUGUGGACAGACAGCUACACAACAGACAGAUUUCAGCUCCGUGCUUUUGUAUUCCUCACCAGAUUGCAGCUCAGAUCUGUCGCCAGGCUGGUUUGGUAAAGAAAUCUAAGGACGUAGUGGAUUACAGUGAGGAAAAUUUUGCCAUUGUAUUUGCUGCUAUGGGUGUAAACAUGGAAACUGCCCGGUUCUUCAAAUCUGACUUUGAAGAAAAUGGCUCCAUGGACAAUGUCUGCCUCUUUUUGAACUUGGCUAAUGACCCGACCUUCUGUGGUCUCUUACAAAGACGGCUCCAGCAGUACACUUACACAGCCCAGAUUACUCUUCAGCGUUUAAAAAGUUGGGUCUCUGUAAAUGUAAAUCUUUCUUUUCAGUACGCGUGCUAUGCCAUCGGUAAGGAUGUGCAGGCCAUGAAAGCUGUCGUUGGAGAAGAAGCCCUUACCUCAGAUGAUCUUCUUUACUUGGAAUUUCUGCAGAAGUUUGAGAGGAACUUUAUUGCUCAGGGUCCUUACGAAAACCGCACUGUCUAUGAGACUUUGGACAUUGGCUGGCAGCUGCUCCGAAUCUUCCCCAAAGAAAUGCUGAAGAGGAUCCCUCAGAGCACGCUGAGCGAGUUCUACCCUCGGGACUCUGCAAAGCACUAGCCGCCCCCUCCCCGCCGGCUCGACACUCUUGUGAAAUACUGGUUCUGUUUCCUUUAUUCCUUUUGCACCCCCCUACCCCCACCUUUGUGUUGGAGUUUACGGUGUUAGCCUGUAAUUAAAAACAAAGAAUAGGUGACAUGUUGUGCCAGUGUUGCCAUGUCUUAAACUGCUAACAGACUUUGAAAUCGCCCCUGUUCAGAAAACCCGGAUCUUCAAUGCUUUGUUUAAAGUGGCUGCAGGGAUGGAGGUGAGGUUUUCUUACUGAUGUGUGUAUUUGUACAUAGUGGGGUAGUUAGUUGCCUAAUAAUGUCCUCAUUAUUUGGGUCUCCCGGAUCUUCCCUCUCCACCCCCAUAAGAGGAUCACUAUCAGAAGGUAGACUGCUUUGCUCUCCUCAUUAGGGCCGGCAUGAGGGCUGAAAGAUGCCUCCCCUCAGAAGAGCCCAGAGGCUCUGAGCAUUUGGUUUCGGAUUGCUGGUGUGUCUCGAGGUCUGUGCUGCUGCUCUGAGCAGAUGGCUUUUACCGGCCACCUGCUCUUUGCUAUUUAAUGACUAGGUUAGAAAAGGAGUCUCCUUUUUCCUCUUUAGCAGUGGGUCUCCUGGGUCUUAACUGCCCUCCCUGCCUCUGAGGAGCACAGAGGCCUGCAGCUUGUGCACAGCUGGCCUUGAUCUGAUGUAGUGAGAUCGGCUUACUCUUGACUGGGUUUCUACUUAGAGGAAUCAUAAUGAAAACAACUGAUAGAAUUGUUGCUUGGAAAGAGUUGGAGUGCAAUAAAAAAA